AUGGUAGCAUUUGAGACGCUGUGCCUGCAUUCUGGCAUCGAAUGUUGCACCGUGCAUGGUCUGGCCAAGGGCGUGGACUACGUGGUCGGCGAAGGCCUGACAAGCCCGACGAGCCAAACCGGCACACGUCCGUCGUCUCCGUCGGACUCGACGAAGACGCCCGCUAGUCCGCUGCCGCUCGACGCGACGUUGGUGGACGCAAAGACCGGCCAAGUGGCCCCGCAUCUCGUCCACCUUCAACACGCUUGGAACGCGGCUCGCAUCGACGGCGUCUGGCGUCUGUUCGACCCGACGUGGGCGGCUCGUCGACUCGCCGUUCACGGCGCCACUUCGGCGUCGGGUAGCACCGCCGGUUGGCGCACCUCGCAGACCAGCCAGGCCGCCAUGUUGCGCUACGAGACGGACAUGUUCUACUUCUGCACCGAGCCAACCAAGAUGAUCUAUACCCAUUUCCCCUUCAACGGCAUCUGGCAAUUGCUACAGCCGCCCAUAAACCUGGGAACUUUCAAUGAUUCGUUGAUACGGACUUAUUUAGUUUAG